ACUUGUAUUUUGAAGGCAACAUCUGAAAACGGGAAGUCAUGUGGAUAGAUGCUUCUACGGGUUGCUUCUGUGAAGCUAAUGUUAGUGCAAUCUGCGAUCCUUGGGACGUCCCUACUCUAAACCCAUAUACCCUAACUAUAACCUAACCCUACCAUUUUAAAUGUCAUCUUCCCAAGGAUUCCAGAUUGCACCAACCGCGAUACUAAUAAUACAUAUGGCUAGUAUUCAAAGUUUGUAGUUACCACUUCCGGGUCUUUUGCGUCCUUAGAUACCACCCCGAAAGAAAAACAUCACCACGCCUGCCUACWCAGCUAUCAGAGCACCCAUGGAUAUUACGAGAGGCAGUUUAGAUGAUAUCUCCCGCCCGGCAUCCAACGAGCGUUCUCGCCCGGGUAGCCGUGUAUCAACUGUGUCACUGCCUGACGUCGGGAGAGUUUUUCAUCCCAGCCCGACGUCCCUGGUGGUCCUGAGCGAUGAUGCCCCUAACAAUAAGCUGGAUCACAGCAACUCACAUGAAAACCUCAAGUCUCCAGAUGAAWGUCUUCCUGAGAAAGAUCACUCCAUUGGAGAUGUAUCUGAUGAGGAGAACGAAGAUCCAGAACUCCAGAAGGCCAUCAAGAAAAUGAAAAUACUUGACAAAAUCUUGGCUUCAAGGAUCUCAAAUGAAAAAGAGGUCAAGAGAAAAGGAAAGGAGCUCCAUCAGAAACUAUGGCAGGAACUAUUGCAGAUAAAGCCCAACAGAUCUUCAGAAUGGGCAGAUGAAGCAGAAAAUACAAGGAUGUUUUUGGCACUGGCUCCUUCCAGUGCUCACGGAUCCAGUGAAGAAUUGGACUUUGCUCCUGUGUUUGGGACUCAAGUGCCUGACAAAGAGUAUGAAAGACACAACAGACAAGUGGAGGAAAGUGAAAAGGACCUCAACACCACAGCAGCAGACUUGGCUGAAGUGGGUCACGAAGAGAGGGCAGACGAGUCAGAAGGCAGCCAGAGUGGGGUUCCCAGGGGCAAAAAUAAACAAGACUUUGUGAAGAAAAAUAUUGAGUUGGCGAGUGGUGUUGGAGGCCCAGUGCAGAUGACACAGGAGGAGAAGUAUCGUCUCGAGGAGCUCCUCAGAGACAUGGAGGAAGGGGACAAUGCUGGGAAGGCAGGCUGUGAGGGAGACAUGUGGGCUGCUCCAGUGCAAGCGGGUGAGGGUUACACCCCCGAACCAACAGAACGAGACCAGCUAAUUCACAUUGACUCCAGACUGCAGCUUCUCCUUCCUGUUGAAGACUUCCUGUCUGUGCGAAGCCCCUACCCUGACCACAGUCUGCCCCAGGCCCAGGAUCUGGAGGCUGGCUGGGACAGGUUGCCAGGAGAGAAGGUCCUGCAGGAUAUAAGGGAGAAGAGAGGGCAGGAGAGGCGCCUCCAAGAGAUCCAGCUGCAGCUAGAGCUGCUGGGCCAGGGCCAAGAAAUGACUUUUGACAAACCAAUACUACUGGAGGAGCAGCUGAUGACUCUGUUGGAGGAGUAUGAGAUAUCACAGAGCUGGGGACAUGGUCUGGGGACAAGGGACACAUCACCCAGGGACAACUCUGAUACGGAGAGCCUGCCGGACAGCACCCCCCGUCUCUCUGACUAUAUCCUGUCAGAGUUGCUUAGAGAUGCAUACACCACCAGCUUUAGCCAGUUGGACAAAGCCACCACUAUGUGUUCACCAUAGAGUAUUAACACAUACUGUAUGUUGGGUGRGACAAAUAUAGAAAUGUGUAUAUUUACUGUGCAUUCAGAAAGUAUUCAGA